AGAGAAACUCCGUUGGCUUUAGAGAACAGAAAGAACAGAGAGAACAAGAAAGCGAGAGCUUCCAUCAGUGUUGGCUACCCAAAAUCUCAUCUUUCACAUGUAUUCACAUGCUCUUCAUUCCCACAAACAAUACCCAAUUCCCCAAAUACCUCAAUUCUGAUAUUUUUUUUCUCUCUGCUUCACUCUAAUCUCUCUCUGCUGUCAGACCUCGAGCAUGCAUGGCAUGGCUGCUUUGAAUAUUGCAUAACUUGACUUCUCCUUAAGUGUACGUCGAGGGGUAAGUGAUGGCUCGGAAGGCUAAUCAACCAAAGAAUGGGGUUGAUCGCCAGACGUCAAAGCAAAGAAAGAAGGGUUCGGAUUCAGGGGGUACACCAGCAGAAACAAAAGCAAAUGAGAAACCAAGUGAGGUGAAAGUUUUCCCUGGAGAAGAAAUCUCAAAUGGUGAACAGCCAAGCAGUCCUCUUGCAGCAGGUGUGAGUAAUGCCAAUCAUGCUGGAGAUGAGAAUAAAAGCAAGCAAAAAUCUGGGAAAAUUUUGAGGAAAGAGAAGCAAGGGACGGAUCCAAUGCCAGGUCAAGGGCAGUCAACGUCUUCAGGAAGUGAUAUGGGAAAUUGCAAUGGAUAUAAUGAAGCUCCAAGUGUAAGAGAGCAUAAUGGGCCAUUACCUCAUAGUGAAGUACGUCGCAAGCAUGCAAAAAGAAAAUCAGGUUACUUACUGAAUCGGCAUGUAAAAAAUCUGCUGGGGAAGAUAGAGUCUUCAGAUAGCGUAUUGGUUAGAAAUUUGAGGACAUCAACAUUGUCCUUGUUGAAGGUGGCUAAUGAAUGGUUUCAGAGGCACAAACCAAUGAUUCUGAGUAUAACAAGUAAAGUACAGAUUGGUCGUGAUUAUGUCAAAACAAAGGUUGAUCAGGCAUAUCCUGUAGUUAGGAAGUGGCUUAUGCAGCUUGGGAGUGUGCUGCUUAUUAUAUCAAUGCUUUGGUUGGAUUUUACUUUAAGGGGUUUAGAUUCCUUCGUACGCAUGGGGACGACAUCCUUGUUUUCGGUGAUAUGGUUCAGCAUUCUCUCAGUAAUUUCUAUGGUUGGGAUGUUCAAGUUCCUGAUUGUCUUGGUCUCAGCAGUUUUAAUUGGAGUUUUCAUCGGGUUCAUGCUUGCAAUUUUAUUGGUUGCUUUUUCUGGAGCUCUUUUCUUGUGGCUUUAUGGAAGCUUUUGGACAACAGUACUUGUAAUCUUCUUUGGAGGUUUGGCAUUCACUCUGAGCCAUGAGCGGGUUGCACUGUUAAUUGCAACUGUGUAUUCUAUGUAUUGUGCUUGGGCGUAUGUUGGAUGGCUGGGUGUGCUUUUGGGGUUAAAUUUAUCUUUUAUCUCAAGUGAUUGUCUAAUAUAUUUCUUAAAGAACAACGUAAAUCAGAAUUCAAGACCUACUGAUUCCCCUGAAGAAACAUCUGGAAUGCACGAUCAACAAGGCUUCUUCAAUGGUGAACAUGUGCAUGCGUCAUCCUCAGAAAAUGGCCCAUGGUUUUCUGCUGAUCGUAGCCCUGGAGUGCCUUCAACCAGUGGGGCAGAUUCUGAGUUAACCUCUGAAGAUGAAAUUGUUCGGCUGCUAAGCUGUACUGACCACUAUUCAGUGCUGGGAUUCUCCCGGUAUGAAGACAUAGACGUUACUUUACUGAAGCGAGAGUAUAAGAAAAAGGCAAUGUUGGUCCAUCCUGAUAAAAAUAUGGGAAAUGAAAAAGCUGCAGAAGCUUUCAAGAAACUACAGAACGCAUAUGAGGUUUUACUUGAUUCCUUGAAGCGAAAAGCAUAUGAUGAUGAAUUAAGGAGCCAGGAAUUGCUAAACAUUUUCCGCAGGUUUAAAAACUCUUCACAAAAGAAUGGAGGAAACGGUUUCUUCCCUUCUGGAUUUGGAAGCCCAGAGGCUGAUGGUGAGGACCCACUAGGAGAGGCAAGGCGAAUCGCUUGCAAUAAGUGCAACAACUUUCAUACAUGGUUACUUACCAGAAAAUCAAAAUCUAGAGCAAGAUGGUGCCAGGAUUGCAAAGAUUUUCAUCAAGCAAAAGAUGGUGAUGGAUGGGUUGAACAAUCUUCAGAACCUUUCUUCUUUGGAUUAUUGCAGAAGGUAAACACUCCAGCUGCAUUUGUUUGUGCAGAUAGUAAGAUAUAUAAUGCGAGCGAGUGGUAUAUAUGUCAGGGAAUGAGAUGUCCAGCCAACACUCACAAACCUAGUUUUCAUGUGAACACUAGUGUGACCUCUACGAAGCAUUCUGGAAAGGGAACAAGUUCAGGACAAAGAGGUGGGCGGAUGCCAGCAUCUGUAGAAGAGUGCAUGACAGAGGAAGAAUUUGUUGAGUGGUUACAAAAUGCAAUGCAAACAGGCAUGUAUGAGAAUUUUAGUGCUGGCACCUCCGCUGAGAGUCCAUCUGCCAAACCUGGAAAUGGUACCAAGACUAGUGGCAGUGCUAACAAGAGAAAGAAAAAGGGAAAGAAACAAUGGUGAGUCUAGAACAUAUGUG